AUAAAGAUGCGAGCCGAUGGUUUGUGUCAGACUCCGGCUGAAGAGCACAGAGGAGAGUCGGGGCCGCCAUGAACGCCAGCCGUCUGUGUCUGUCGCUGCUACUGCUCAGUGGCUGCGCAGCUGCUCAGGGCCAUGGCGGCAGCAGUGAGCAAACGCCGGAGUGCAUGUUGGCGUCCAGAUACAAGGUCAACUGGCAGUAUGUGUACCGUUACAGCACGGAGAGCCAUAACGGCGUGAGGGGGACCCCCGGCUUACGAAAUGGUCCUAAACUCUCCUGUCAGGUCCAGAUCGAAGUUCCGCACACAUGUGCAUUCAUCAUGCACACCAGGGACUGUGCUCUCAGUGAGGUGGUUGACACGGACCCUCAGGGCCAGUCCGUCUACAGGCCUGCACUCGGUUCUGAUGCUUUCAGGACCAGAAUGGAGAGGAGCCCCCUGAAGUUCACCGUGGAGGCUGGCGGCCGUGUGCAGCUUUACCCCGACUCUGAUGAACCAGUAAACAUCCUCAACAUCAAGAGAGGGAUCGUUUCUGCUCUGAUGGAGGAUGAAGGCAGCAGCACGGUGCACGGUCAGUGUGUAACUCAGUAUGAGGUGAACUCUCAGCAGGACGUGCCCACGGACGUGACUUUCAGCAGGGACCUUUCCCAGUGUGACCACUUCUACAGCAGGAGUCUCACCAACAGCCCCAUGGCUCUGCUGCCAAACCUGCAUCAUCCCAUCUCAAAACUCAUCAAAAGCACACAGAGCUGCGAUUACCUGUUUGACAGAAAGGGAAGACACAUCACUACUGCCAUCUGCACAGAGGAACACUCCUACCUGCCCUUCCUUCACGGGGAGAACAGGAUGUUGUUGACUGUGGUGUCCCGGGAUCUCAUCUUUCAGAGCAUGAAGAAGAUCAGCAGCAAGUCUUUUGAUGUGGACCCGAACCAGGCCAGGCCUCUCCACUUUGAAGACCUCCAGCACAAAUCUCCGGUCCAGACGACGGAUGCUGUUCUGAGCACCAUGCGGGAGCUGGUGGCGUUAGCAGGCACAGAGAAUGGCCAGAAGAGGGCCGGACUCUUCCAGAAGCUGGUGUCCAGCAUGCGAGUCCUGAGGAAUGAGACCCUCAGCCAAGCGGCCUCUGACAUGGUGAAGAUCUCCACCUGGCUCACCUUACAGGCUCUGUUCCAGUGCGGGACUUCGGAGUGCACCAGCGCCAUCAUGCAGAUUAUCUGGACCAUUGACGGUGUUUCUCUGGAGGUGGACGCUCUGGUUUAUGGGCUGAGUUUGCAGCCAAACCCAGAUGGCGCCAGAGUGAGAGACAUGCUCAGCAUGGCUCAGUACAAACAGAGCAAAGCCAUCAUGUAUGCUCUGGCAAACACAGUCAAAAAGUUUUACAACGGCAAAGUGACUCCUGAGAUCACAGAGGUUUCCAAUUUCAUGGAGCUGCUUUUGAACGACUGCUCUGAAGAAGUCCCAGAUACCGACUCCGACUUCCCACCGGAUCCUAAGGAAGUGUCCUUCCUCACACUCAGGGUGAUUGGAGUCAUGGCUCGGGCCAUGCAGGACAGCAGCCCCGGCCUUGUAUCCUCUGUUUUGCGGUGUUCACAGAAAACAGACAUCCCAAUAGCAAACCAGAAAGCAGCGCUCCGGACUCUGCAGCAGAUGGACAUGAACGAUGAGAUCAGGAGCUCUCUCAUGGAGCUGUACCAGGACACCCAGAGCCCUCCUGAAAAACGGAUAGCUGCUUAUUUGGUUCUGAUGAAGAAGCCCGACCGAGCUCUGCUCAGAGACUUGGUGAGCAGCCUGGUGAAGGAGAGAGAUGAACAACUGAGGAGCUUCGUGGUCUCCCACCUGCACAACAUCCUCAGCUCUGACGACCCGCAGAUGCUCCAAUUGAAAGAGGGCAUUGAGAUGGUCCUGCAAGGUGAGCUGGCACCUCAAAACAACGUCUUCCAUGGUAUGUCACGCAACUACAAGAUGGAGUCCCCCCUGGGCUCAGUUCAGAGUAAUGUCAUCUUCGAUGGCAGAGACACACUGCCAAAGGAGGUGAUAUUGGAGACCACCAUGAGGGCUUUUGGCUUCAGUCAUGACAUGUUGGAGGUUGGAGUGGAAGGGGCGGGAUUCGAGCCCACAAUUGAUGCUGUUUUUGGGGAGAAAGGCUUCUUCUCUGAAUCCAUCUCCAGACUUUUGAACUUAUUAGGUGAUAAGGCUCCAAUGCUCAAAGAAGUUCUGGAUAGAAUUUAUCCUCGUCAGGAGAGAAUGAAGAGACAGGUGACAGAGGACCACCUGAAAGCCUUCAGAGACAUCUUUCAGAAGCUGCUGCAGGAUGUGCGUCUGUCCGAAGCCCCUGAAGCCACCGCCUACCUUCGGCUUCUGGGAGAGGAGAUUGGAUAUUUGAAGACCAGCGAGAUGCGAAAAACUUUGGAGACUUUAUCUAUGUACCAGCAUAUUCUCACCCGGGUGCUACCAGCACAGGCUUUCAAUAAACUGACAUCUAGUACUGAAAAUGAGCUGUUUUUCCACUACAUCUUCAUGGAGAACGCCUUCAGUCUACCCACUGCUUCUGGUUUCCCUCUGACCUUCUCCAUCUCUGGUGUGUUUGCACCUGGGGUCAGAGGAGGCUUGAUUCCUUCAGCAAUGACUAGUUUGUCCUUCAUGCCUUCAGUUGGCCUGGAGUUCAUCACUCAUAUGGGUGUGCAGAUCCCAGACUAUGUGGAUGCAGGGAUUCAAAUGCAUACCAACAUGUACCAUGAGAGCUCACUCAAUGCUAAAAUCUCGAUAAGCCGAAACCAGGUCAGAGUUUCGAUUCCUGCCCCUACGUCCAACACUCAAGUGUUCAGCAUCAGCAACCAGCUACUGUCCAUAUCAUCUGGUCAAACAAAGAUUGUGCCCCUUCCAGUGGAGGAUCGUGUAGACUCAACUGACUGUCGCCCCUUUUUAAGGGGAUUAAACCUUUGCACAAUACUGCAUUACUACAAUAGUUCUUCAGAUAAUCUGGCCCCAUAUUACCUUUUGAAUCAAGACACAAGAUUCGCAGUUGAAAUCCAGCCGACUGGAAAAGUGUCAGAGUACACCGCCACCUUCACCGAUGAAACAGUAAGAGAGGGGAAAAGGGGUCGACACAAAGUUGAGUCCCUGAAGCUUACCUUGAAAGCAGAAGGAGAAGAACCAAUGGAAGUCACAGCAUCUGUGAAGUACAAUCAUAAUAAGAACCUCAUUUUAACCGAGCUCCUCAUUCCCGACUAUGACGUGGAAGCAGUAGUAAAGAUGGCAGUAAGUGACAGUGAAUAUAGUGAAAAAAUGCUCAGAGGAAUCACCAUCGACAUCACCAACAAGAACAUCCCACAGCUGAUGUUUGUUGGACGUGCAAGACUUGAUACCUUGAAAGAGGCCCUGGUACAGGUCCAUGUGGACAUCCCCCCACUGAAGACCAAUGGGUCUGUACUGGCAUUCCUGAACAAGGAUGAACAUGUGCUCUUUGAUGUUGAGACAGUUGCUCUCCUCCCUGGGACUUCCUACCAACAGAAAACUUCACUGAAAUACGAUGAGGACAAGUUUGAAGUGGAAUUAAAAACACAUCUUAAUUCAGAGAUAGAGAAAGUUAUACCAAAUGCAAAAGAGCGUCACAAGCUGCUUCAGCAGUACGUAGAUGAUCUCCUGGACCAGAGGGUGACUAAUACUGAUAUGAAACUACGCCACAUAGUCACCAAGGGUAUUGAGGCAGGUAACAUUUGGCUCGACAAACUGACGGCACGCUUCCCGUCACUUGCAAGCCUACGAAGUAAGAGGAGCAUCUCAGAUCUCACUUUGCCUGCUCUGCCGGAAAAACUAUUUUGGGAAGUUGACAGUCUGUUCCGAUAUCAGUUCAACAAGGACACAAAGUUCCUCUCCUUUCAUCUUCCAUUUGGGGGCAAAAAGUCAGAAGACUUAAACUUUCCAAAGUCUGUCUCUGUCCCAGCUAUAGCUUUAAAACCAAUAGGCUUGUACAUCCCAGCCAAAACAUACUUUCUUCCGACAUUCACAAUUCCACCUUCUUUGGAUUUUAACGCUCCUCUCUUUGGUCUGGCUGAAGUAUCGACCAAGAUCCACAGCAACCUUUAUGACUGGGAUGGCUCGAUCUCCUUGGGCAACGAUACUGUCAAUGCUCCCAGCUAUGUUGUUCAGUACAAGUCCAUAGCUCAGUCCCCACUGAGUCUGCUCUCCUAUAAACUUGAAGGAGUCGGGAUGUUAUUGGGAAGAGCUGAUGAAAACCUCAAAUAUCUGCUCAAUACUUCCUUUAGCCAUAACCUUGUUGACUUGAGCUUCAGUGCUAUGGAAACCUUAAGAGUAGGUAGCAAAUUCAAUGCAAAUGCAUAUUACAGGAUGAAGGCCUCCAGUCCGUUAGGCCUGCAUGCCUCUCUGGACUAUUCCGCUUAUUCAACUUCCACUCUGAAUUCAGAUGAAGUAUCAGGAGAUGGAACUUUGGAGGGACAACUUAGACUUGGGUCACUCUACACCAACGCGUACUACAUGCACAAAUAUAACGUACGUCCUCUGGACCGAGAAGGACAAGGAGAGUUAAUGUUACGCUUUAACUCACCUUUUAUUAGAUUUCACAACACGAUCCGUGGAGUCUAUGCUAAGGCUGAGUUGAACCUUGUGUCCAGAACUAGUGUGGCCAGAGACACCUUUAAACAUGUGGCAGAGCUGAAGUACAAAGACGCACAACUUAUCCUAAAGUGCAAUGCUGCUGGGGCAGCUAUGGGUAAAUUGUUUAGCAACCAAGUUGAGCUUGGGAUAUCAAGUCAAAUGUCCAUGCUCAGAAUUGAAUCGCAAGGAAAUGAUGACACAGGAAGAAUAUAUUCUCUUAUAUCUGGAUCCCUGGAUCCAAAUGGACUUGAAAUGAUGUCAGAGGGUUCCCUGAUCUCUGAGGCAGGCCGAGCAUUACAUAAGGCAAAUGUGAGGAUUGGAAGAAAUGGUCUAACCUUUGGAGGAACAAAUAACAUUCAGUGCAGUCCAGUUACAGUGGAGAAUAUCUUUGAUGGCGCUUUAAACACCACUGGAGCAUCACUCUCAUCUAUGACCAAGGCCAUGGGUGAAGAGGGCAGGGGGGAGCUGAACAUUAAGGGUAAACUCACAGCUUCAGAGGCUGCUUUCUAUAGUGACCUCAAGGGCUAUGCGUAUGAUGCAGCUGCCUCAAACAACAUAAAAAUCGAAUUGAAAAAAGGAACUCUGACCUUCACUGGAAAUGCAGAGGGAACUCUGAAGCAAAUGAGAACAGAACACAGCCACACACUGGCUCUGAGUCUGUGGAAACUCUCCCUUCAUUCCAAAUCUGACAGCACAAUCUGUGAUGACAUUUACUACAAACAAGACACUAAAGUUGAUUUAAAGCCGUUUGUUAUGUUGAUUGACAUGACCAAUGACCUUGGUAUUUAUGACCUUAGUUUGAACAACGAAGGCCAUGUGAAGCUUGAGCCACUAAAGCUGGAUCUCAGUGGAAGUGUAAAGGGAGCCUAUGGGGAAGACAACAACAUCAAACAUAUUUAUGAGUUCACCUAUGAAGAUUUGGCUGGUUCUGUGAAAUACAGUACAUCUGGAAUCAUAAUGAAUGCCCAAUUAAGUCACUUCUGUGAGAUAGAAUUCGCUGGACUUGCUUCAAUAUCAAACUGUCAGGCCCGAAUAAAUUCUGAACCUCUUCAUGUUGAUGUUUCCAUUCGCACCAUGGCCCUGCCCUUCAGUCUGACAAUUGAUGCACUUGCCAAUAGUGAAGGAGAAAUACAUCUACAUGGGAAGCACAAUGGGGGGAUAUCCAGCAAACUGCUGGUCAAAGUUGCACCACUUGUUCUUGCAAUGUCACAUGAUGUCCAGGUAUCAACAAUGCACCGUCUCUCCCGUGGAGAGUAUUCCACUGGCUUAGUUAGCAAAUUGGAAGGCCUCCUUUCUCCAAACGACCAAUCUGCAGAUUGGAAAGUAAACUCCAACCUGAACAACCAUGUCUUUGAGCAGAGCAUCAGUGCCUACAACAAUCCUGAAAAGUUUGGAAUUGAAUUUUCAGAAGUAAUACAAACAAACAUUAUCAGCAAACAAAAUAAAUCAAAAAGAGAAACAGAAAAAUUCAGUUUGGACGGAUUUCUAAAGUACGACAAGAACAGUGACUGUCAUAUCAUUGAAAUUCCGUUCGCCCAAAAUUUUCCUGUUGCUUUUGAGAGGCUCAAGAACACACUUCUACAAGGCCUAGAAUCACUCCAUAAAAUGAUAAGGAAUUUAGAUGUUAAUAAGUGCAUUACCGACUUCAGAGCCAGUUUAGACCAAUUACCAAAAAAGGUUAAAAGCUUCUUGCGGGCAAUCGACUUGGAGAACAAAGUGAAUAAAGUGAAGGAGAAACUGGAUUAUUGGAUCAAUGAAUUUUCUAUAACAAUGGAUGACAUGGAGCUUGUGGUGAGUAAUUUGAAACAAAACAUUGAAAACACAAUAAUAGACACUGCAACUAAAGUCAAAGAUCUAAUUUCUACAAUUGAGGAGUAUGCCAAGUCAGAGGAGCUAACUGAAAAGCUAUCAAGCAUGCUGUCAUAUGCUGAAGACCAACUCAAAGCAUUUGACGACAAAUACAAAAUAAAGGAGUCUCUAGUUAAAGUGCUGGCUUUCUUGGAAGAUAUCAUCCAACAAGUUGAUCUGCAAAAGCUCAAGGAAAGCAGUGCUGCAUUCCUACAGAAGCUUGAUUCAAAAUACGGCAUCAUGGAUGCAAUUGGGGGGAAAUUAUCACAGCUGAAACAGGCUAUUGAAGACUUCAACCUCAGCCUUUUCUUAGAGAGUGUAAAAAAUGAACUACUCUCGAUUGACUGGCCUUCUUACAUUGAACAACUUUCAUAUCAAAUCCCAUCAUCGGAGAUCAUGAAAUUCAUGGAAUCCAUGAAUGAAGUUAUUGUCAAUUGGAUUGAUGAAUAUGACAUUCCCAACAAGCUUAAUGCCAUAUACUCCUACUUUAAGAAUCUCUUUGUGAAAUACAACCUUGAUGUGAUUACCAAAGACUUGAUGGAUCAGACAGUGAACCUUGUUGAACAAUUUAAAAUUGAAAAGACUGUGCAGUCAAUGGUUGAGGCAAUAAAAUCAAUCAAAAUUGAAUUUAUUUAUGAUAAAAUGAUGGACUUUUUGUACACAGUGACAAAGCAGCUCAGACAAUAUGACAUAAAGAAAACCAUCCAUGACCUCAAUGAGCUUAUCUCUUCAACAAUCAAGUCAAUGAAAGAAUUUGAUUACGACAAAUUUGUUGACAUGACAAACAGGAAGAUUAUAGAAGUGACUAAGUACCUCAAUAAUCAGAUUGAGAAAUAUGAGAUUCUUGAAAAGAUUGAGGCUCUACGAGAGUACUUAAGAGAAAUCCAAAAUUCCAUCUUCACAUAUUUAGAAGAGUUAAAAAAAACAAAGGUGGCAGAUGCUCUGAACAAACUGAAAGAUGUUAUUGACACUGCAUUUUAUAACGAUGUAAAGUUGAAGCUGCAGGACAUGCUUGAGGAUGCUAGGCAAAGGAUUGUAGACAUGGAUAUCAGAGAGGAAUUGUACAAGUAUCUUCAGAGAGCCAGUGAAUCCUACAGCAAUAUAGUUGCAUACAUAUCUGCCCAGUUUAAUCAACUUGUUGAAAACAUUAUACAAAUGACCAGUGAUAAUGAGAUCAUCAACCAGGCAAAGCAAGCAACAAAUGAUCUACUGGAACAGUUGAAAAGAGCGGAGAUUGACAUUCCAUCCAUCAAUAUUCCUCUCACGGAUCUUGUAAUACCACCAUUGACCAUCAAGCUGAGCAAGCUGCAGGAGAUCAGCAUCCCAGCUCAAAUAUCAGUUCCUGAAUUUACCAUCCUAAAUCUGUAUACAGUGCCUUCCUUUACUAUAGACUUUGAUGAGAUCAAGACCAAGAUCAUUACUAUCAUAGAUAACAUCAGAGCGUUUGAGAUAAAAAUCCCAGACCCAGAGCAAAUCUUUGGAGACCUAAAGGUUCUGUAUCUUUUUGAACUGCCAGACCUUACCCUUUCUGAAAUAUCUCUUUCAGAAAAGAAAUUACCAACCAUUAGCAUCCCAAAAUUAAAACAGCAAAACUUUGAAAUUACAAUGCUUCCUGUUCCAGAUAUUACAAUUCCAGACACAUCAAAAGACAUUUGCAUACCAUUUUUUGGAAAACUUUAUGGAGAACUUAGCAUAAAUUCUCCACAUUACACUUUAAUAAGUACAGGGAAAAUUGAGAAUGCAACAUCUUCCCUGAAAAAUCCACAGUUUAUGGCAUCUUUUACUUCUCAGGCCAAAUCUCCUAUUGAGCUGCUGGAGUACACUUUUGAAGCCACCACUUUGUUGGAAGCCCCUCGAAUGAAGAAACUGCAAUUCACAGAAACAGUGAAAGCAACACAUAAGGCUUUUUCUAUUGAUCAUAAAGGAUAUCUGACACUCACAAGCUCGUCUGCAGAAGUCUCUGCCACGACUAUUACAAAAGUCACAAGCCAAAUGUACACAGCGGACUCCUUCAACAGUGUGGCUCUUUCAUUACAGAGUGGAAUCAAUGCAGAUAUUAACACUACUUACAACCACUACUUGGACAUCCCAUCAAUCAAAAUUUCAAACCAGGCAUCCAUGAAACAAAACAUAAAAGCAAUAAUGGACUCUGGCAGAAUAACAGUGGUUGGCCAAACCAGUGGUGAUGGAAAGGGAUCCAUUCAAGACUACACUGAUGAAGGAAUUCACUUCAACCAUGCUGAGUUCAGUGUUGAUUUAAGCACAGCAAAGUUUGUGUUAGCAGGUGAGACACAUUCUAAGACUCUAAUGUCAAAACACUCACUUAAUGCUGAAUCUGUCAUCUUCAGCCACAUCAUUGUUGAAGCAAACUGUGAGACCAAGAGUCCAUUUAUCAAAAAGAGUGUUUUUGCCUUAAAUGGAGAAGCUCAUAUUGGGGAUCUGAAAGCUGCCCUCACGGCCUCGCAUGAUGCUGAGUUCAAUGGACAUCUGAUUGGAACUAUGUCAAAUGGGGUGGACUUUAUGAUUCAUCCAUUUGAGAUGUCUCUUGAUGUAAAGAACAAGCUCAAUUUAAAAAUGUUCUUCCCCCUAAAACUGUCUGGUAAGGUGGACCUGCACCAUGACUACGGUGCUGUACUUAACUCUGAAAAGCAGGGUGCCUAUUGCAUUGCUUUGGUGAGAUUCAACCAGUACAAGUACAGUCAAAACUUCACAGCAGAGAACACUAAAUUGGAUGUCUACCUUAAGUCUUCAGUUAAUGGAGAAGCUAAUUUGGAUUUUCUUACUCUUCCUGUCUCCAUUCCAAGGAUGUCCUUGCCUUUCAUUGAAAUCACAACUCCAGAGAUCAGAGAUUUUUCUUUGUGGGAAGACACUGGAUUAAAAUAUCUGCUUAUCACACCUCAUCAGACAUUUGACAUGAACCUGAAGCUUCAAUACAACAAGAACCCUGAAACACACAGUUUUGAAUUGCACCUAGAACCAAUCUACAGUGCCAUCAAUGACAAUGCAAAAAUCAUUCGGACUCAAUUUGAAGUAUGCAGAGACAAAGUUGUCAAACUUCUGAAAGAUUCGUACAAUGAAGCAAAAUCUCAGUAUAUCAAACACAAGAUUGAUACUUCGGGCCUGCCUCCAAGAAUUUUCCGAGUCCCUGGAUACACCAUACCAAUACUAAAUAUUAAGGUUUCUGCAUUCAGGGCUGAGAUGCCAGCCUUUAGCUACUUUAUUCCCAAAGAGGUCAGUACGCCAAGCUUCAAAGUUCCAGCCUUGGGUUUCUCUGUGCCAUCAUACACCCUCGUAUUGCCAACCUUGAGAUUCCCCGUUGUGCAUGUUCCAGAAACAUUAGGAGAAAUAAAGUUGCCCAGUUUCACUCUGCCACGUGUUCAAGACAACAUUGAAAUCCCGUCUUUCGGAAACCUCACUUUUGACUUCUCCCUCAAAUCUAACAUGAUAACUUUAAGUGCCAAUGCAGCGCUUUCCAAACAAUCAGAUGUUGUUGCUCGAUUUGGAGCUUCCUCAAAAUCUGUGUUUGACAUUUUGAAUAGCAAGAUUGAUGGUACCAGUAGCCUGACAAUAAAGAGGGGGUUGAAAGUGGCAUGCAUCAUGUCUCUGGAGCACAAUAACAUAGAAGCAAACCAUGAAUGUGCUGUUAUUCUCACCAAGAAGAGCCUGGAAGCUUCAGUAGCCAACACUGCUAAAAUCAAUUUACCUUUCCUCCAACUAGAGUUUAAUCAGGAACUCUCAGGGAAUACUAAGACCAAGCCAAAUGUUUCAUCCAAAAAGAAAGUAAGAUACAUGUUUAAUAUUCCUCUGUUUGGGUCUACAGGCAAAGGAAACUUUGAUAUGAAAUUGGAAUUGGAGGGACUUCCUUCUCACCUGUCUUUUGAGUCAUCAACACAAGGGAAGUCAGAUAUAACAAUAAUGGAUAUGUAUAAUUUAAACAAAGAUUUUGAAAAUAAAGCUAGUUUCUACAUUAAUAUCAAUGGCUUUAGUUCAACCGCAGGAACAUCCUUAAAAUUAAGCAUGAACAGACAAGAGAAGCUGAAGCGAAGUUUAAGCAGAAACAUUUUCUCUUUUGAUUUGGAAAACUAUUUGGGUGUUGGGGUUUCGUUAAUUAAAGUGUAUGCCAAAGUCGAUUAUAAAUGCAACAAUAAUCUCGACUUGGAGUUUUUCAGCACAAAUGGAAACCAUACUGUAACAGGAGAACUUGACUUUGUCCCUUUGGCGACUCUCACAAUCACAACAAACACCGACAGUAAUCAGGUUAGUGACUUUGGUGACGUUGGAUUCAUACACGGGAUAAACCUAGCCUGCAGUCCUGAGAAACAGACCUUCACCUGGAGUGGAAAGCAAAGGUUAUUAUCAGUAGUUCAUUGUUCUGAUUUAUCUAUCUCAAACGAUGAAUCUGAGCAACGUUUGGGGCUCACUGGAGAGGUGGAGGGUCCUCUGGCAUUCUUAAAGUCCAUUAGGCUUCCGGUGUAUCAAAGAACUCUGUGGGAUGUGCUUAAAUUUGAUCAGGUCACAAAUAUAAACUCCAGACAGUUUCUUAACUUCUCAUGUAGUAUAGUUUACACAAAGAAUAAAGAUGGCUAUACUAUUGGAAUCCCAUUUAAACAAUUUGAAAAUGGUGUUACUUUCAGCAUUCCUGAAAUCAGCAUCACACUGCCUUCCUGGAUACGAGAUAUCUCCAAAUCCAUUAAGAAUGAAGAGCCUAUUGUGCCGGAUCGUCUCAUUCUUCCACCUGCAUUCUCACUUCCUGCUUUUGACGUUCCUUUCACCAACUUACAUGUAGAGCCAUUGACAGUGGAUCCAAAGAACUUUGAUGUACCGAAAGUGAUCUCCACCACAGCUUUCGAUAUCACACUGCCUGGCUUGCCAGUAAUGUCAGUACCCAGUUACAACAUCAACACAGAGUAUGUGCAGCAGACAAUGCCUUUCCUCAUGUUCAAGAUUCCACUGCAUAAAAUCAUAGUCUCUUCUUUCACUCUGCCAACAUCUGUCACUGUUGGGGAUCUCACAGUCAGCAUGAAUGAAAUUACCAGUCUCAUUCCAAACUUUGAAAUUCCCCCCAUUAUGAUCCCAGAACAAAAACUUGAAAUCCCUGAAAUGGUUCUGCAUCUGCCCACAAGUGUGUUUGUCCCAUUCUUUGGAGCUCUCAGUGCUACGUUGAAGGUUUCUUCACCCAUUUAUAAUGUGUCAACUACUGCCAGUGUGGAGAAGAAGGACCCUAAUCUAUCGGGUUUACUCAACUCUGCCUGCAGUUCUACCAUGCCCUUCUUGGAAUAUGACCUUACUGCCACUGCAAUCGUCAAAUACGAUAAUGGACUGGUGGCUUUAAAUGGGAUAUGCAACUUCAUUCACAGUGAUGUAAAUGUCAACUGGCAACAUGUUUUGGUGCACACGCUAAGAACGAAGCGUCAAACCUCUCGAGGUGACACCGUGGUUCCGGAGUCCCGACACACUCUCAGCAUUGACGUCACCAGCCGCACAUUUGCUGAUGUGAGCUUUCGUUUUGCUUCACGCAAAGACGGCCUCACUGCAUCUGCAUCGUCUCCAUCCGCCGGUUUCCUCGCGCUGCAUCUUCAGCGGAGGUCACCAUCUCAGCUCCACGGAAAACUGUUCAGCCGCUACUUGUCACUUCCUGAUAAGGACGUCAAUGUUUUUAGUGCUAAGGUUCUUCUGAGAAAUUCAGACAAGUUAGUCCUGCAGACAGCCUGGAAUCUGGAUUUCUUCAAUGAUGCGACUGAAGGCUUCAAGAGGAAGAUUCCUGCGAUGACAGAUGCUGUUCUCAAGUUCAUCAACAAGUAUCACUCUGCACAUUUUGGCUUUGACUUAAACCGCGGAGGUCAGAAGCUGAAAAAUACGGUCUCUAGUCUUAUGGAGACAGGAUACCGGAAAGUUUUAGAGUUUCUGACCGAGCUGCAGAGUUGGGUGGAGGAGGUCUCUGAUAGGAGUGAAUCUCUGUUUAGAACGGCUUCUGACAGCUUGAUGUCCAUCGAUGUUCAGGAAAUUAGUGCCAAACUAACGAUGAUGGCUGAAGAAGGCAUGAAAAACAUGCUAAUAAGGACAAACGCCCUGCUGGAUGCUGUCAGACAGUUUCUGAAUCGACAAAAGUUUUCAGUGCCUGGAUCAGAAGCUAAGAUGUCCAUCACUGAGGUGUACCAGAAAGCUCGUCAGUACGUGUUAGGAGCUGUGGACGGAGCAGUCCAGUGGCUUACCAGUCUCAUAGAGAAGACUUCCGCAUACAUAAGGAACACUAAAGUUUCCCUUCCUGCAACUGAGCUGGUUGUUAAUGGAGAAGAGGUCAUGGAUAAACUGGCCUCUGUUGCAGAAUCUGCGUAUAAUCAGAUAAAGGACUCCAGUAGCAAAAUGAUGCUUUUCCCUUCCAAAACACUUAACGGUGUCCUUCAGCUCUUUGCUAAAAACGCUGACCAACUCCUCGCAUACCUCAAAGAUGAAAACUCAAAAAUCCGUUCUCAGGUUGACGUCAUUCAUUCAGAGGUCCUAAAAACUUCCAGACGACACAUCCAGGGAGCAAAGAGGCGCACGACUGAUUUCAAAGAUUUCACCAAACUCAAGAUUAACCAGGUCUAUAACUCUGUAAACAUGGAGAAUAUAAACAACGGCGCGGAGAUGUUUGUCGGAGCUCUGCAGUCAAAUAUAUCUGACGCCUUCAGGGACAGUGUGGACGCUAUGAAACGGAUGUCCCAGAAUGCAGCACCAUACCUGAAAGUGGGCAACCAGAAGGUGGAUGUUGAAUUUCCGUUACCUUUCCUUUGGAAAUCCUUCUAUGAAUGGCCCAUUCCCAAGAGGCAGUGAAGCAUGACUGUUUUCAGAAAAUGCUUUUAUUGGGACCGAACACAAUGGUAUUGAUGUACAGUGUGUGAAGAAAAUGUCUUUUCCUGUGAACUUCAUGUAAAUCCUCAAGGACUGAAGAAAGAUUUGAUGAUUAGGACAAUUUCAAAGUAUAGGAGCUUAAUUAAAGAUUUUAAAUGUUU